AUGUCUUCGUCUUCUUCUUCUUCCACGGCUGGAGGAGCAUUCAGGCUUCGCUGGGAUGUGUUUUUGAGUUUCAGAGGUGAAGACACUCGCGAAUGCUUCACCAAAAAACUAUACGAAUCUCUCCAUGGUCAAGGAGUUCGUGCUUUCAUGGACGAUGAGGGUUUGGACCGUGGGGAUCGUAUAGAUAUCACUCUUCUUCAAGCUAUUGAUGAUUCUGCUGCUUCCAUUGUUAUUAUCUCUCGUAAUUACGCUGACUCUCAUUGGUGUCUCGAUGAACUUGUCAGGAUUUUUGAAUGCAAGAGGCUUGUUAUUCCCGUUUUCUACAAAGUUGAUCCUUCUCAUGUUAGGAAACAGUCCGGCCCUUUUCAAAAAGGUUUUACUGAUCUUGAAAACAGAUUUGGUAAUCUUAUGGUUUCCAAGUGGAGACAUUCUAUGAAGCUACUUGGUGGACUUGCUGGCUUUGUUUUCAAUGACAGUUAUGAAGGCCAGCUUGAAAAUCUGAUACACCUUUUGGUGAAAAGGGUUUUGAAGGAGUUAAGUAAUACUCCGAUGGUUGUGGCUGAGUUUCUAGUCGGGCUCAAUCAACGUGUUGACAAGGUCAUACAUCUGUUACAACUUCAACCCAACAGCGUCAAGGUCUUAGGGUUGUAUGGGAUGGGAGGUGUUGGUAAGACAACACUUGCCAAGGCUCUUUUCAAUACUCUCGUUGCUCGCUUUGAGCGUAGAUGUUUCGUUUCAAAUGUGAGAAACUCCUCGUCUAAAGAGGGUGGUUUGCUUUCUCUUCAAACCAAUAUCAUUAAAGAUCUUUCUUCUCAAGAAGGAGCUCAGAGUUUUGUAAGUGAUGUCAAUGCCGGUAUUGCUACUAUCAAAAGAAUAGUUCAUGAAAAUCGAGUUCUGCUAGUGUUGGAUGAUGUUGAUAAUGUAAGCCAGCUUGAUGCUUUGAUUGGUAAAAGGGAAUGGUUUUAUAAAGGAAGCUGUAUAAUCAUUACAACAAGGGACACGACUGCUUUGCCUGAAAAACAUGUCAACCAGAUGUAUGAAGUCAAAGAAUUGUAUGAUGAAGAAGCUCUACAAUUAUUCAGUUACCAUGCUUUGAAGAAAAAGGACCCUCCACCAAGUUUUCUGGAUCUUUCAAAGAAAAUUGUAUCUCUUACCGGAAGAAUGCCAUUGGCUUUGGAAGUGUUUGGUUGCUUUCUGUGUGAGAGAAGGAGGGUGGAGGAGUGGGAGGAUGCUGUUGUGAAGCUGAGAACAAUUCGACCCGGGAAUCUUCAUGAUGUGUUGAAGAUAAGUUAUGAUGGGUUGGACGAACAAGAGAAGUGUAUAUUCCUUGAUAUUGCUUGUUUCUUUCUUCAAAUGGAAAUGAAGCGCGGUGACGUGAUUGAUAUAUUGAGAGGUUGUGGGUUUAGAGGAGAGAUAGCUAUGACCAUCCUUGUACAGAAAUGCUUAAUCAAAAUAAAACAUGACAAUACCUUGUGGAUGCAUGAUCAAAUUAGAGACAUGGGAAGACAGAUUGUUAUGGAUGAAAACCAUGUUGAUCCUGGGAUGCGAAGUAGACUGUGGGAUCGUGCUGAAAUCAUGUCCGUUUUGAAGAGUAAGAAGGGAACAAGAUGCAUACAAGGAAUUGUACUAGACUUUAAGAAAAGAUCAAUCAUUGUAGCAGAGAAAUAUAACUAUGUUACACUUGAUACAAAAUCCUUUGAACCAAUGGUUACAUUACGAUUGCUUCAGAUCAAUAAUAUGAGUUUGGAAGGCAAGUUUCUUCCCGAUGAACUGAAAUGGCUACAAUGGCAAGGAUGUCCUUUGGAAUGCAUUCCUUUGGACACAUUGCCACGUGAACUGACUAUCCUUGAUCUCUCAAAUGCUGAGAAAAUUAAAAGCUUGAGUGCAUUGGAAAGUCACCACAAGCAGGUUCCAGAGAACCUAUUGGUCAUAAACCUCUCCGACUGCUACCAACUUGCUGCAAUCCCUGAUUUAUCUGGGUGUCUCAAGCUAGAGAAAAUUAUUAUGGAGAAUUGCAUUAAUCUAAAAAGGAUUCAUGAAUCAAUUGGCAGUUUGACUACCUUGCGUAAUUUGAAUUUGAGGCGUUGUAAAAUCAUCACUGAGCUUCCCAGUGAUGUGUCUGGGCUGAAACAUCUGGAGAUCCUAGUUGUUUCUAGUUGCACCAAUUUGAAAGUAUUACCCGAAAACAUAGGCAUACUUAAAUCGCUGAAAACACUUGAGGCUGAUGGCACUGCUAUAGUAAAGUUGCCCGAGUCCAUUUUUCGCUUGACCAAACUCGAACGACUUGUUUUAGACAGUUGCUCAUAUUUGGGAAGACUGCCAAACUGCAUUGGAAAAUUAUGUUCUUUGCAAGAAUUAUCUCUUAAUCAAUCAGGUUUACAAGAAUUACCCGAAAGUAUUGGAUCUUUGAAAAACCUUGAGAAAUUAAGUUUGAACUGGUGUGCAUCUCUCACUCAAUUGCCAGAUUCUAUUGGAAAUCUCGUAUCGUUGACAGAGCUUUUGGCUUACAACAGUGGAGUUAAAGAACUCCCUUCCACCAUUGGUUCUUUAUCCUAUCUGAGGACAUUAUCAGUUGGAAACAGUAAACAUCUCUGUAAAUUGCCUGACUCAAUUAAAACUCUGGCCUCAAUUAUUGAACUUGAGUUAGAUGGAACAGCUCUCAGAUAUCUUCCAGAUCAAAUUGGAGACAUGAAACAACUAAGGAAACUUGAUAUUGGGAAUUGCAACAAUCUUGAAUCAUUACCAGAAUCCGUUGGCCACCUAGGAUCUCUUACUUCGCUGAACAUAAACAAUGGAAAUAUCAAAGAAUUACCAGUGUCAAUUGGAUUAUUGGAAAAUCUUGUUACCUUAACAUUGAACAAAUGUAGAAUGCUUAAACACCUCCCAGCUUCUAUAGGAAAAUUGAAAUCUCUAUGUCACUUAAAGAUGGAGGAAACAGCUAUGUUUGACUUGCCUGAAAGUUUCGGUAUGCUCUCAAGCUUGAGAUCACUGAGAAUGGCAAAGAGGCCUGCUUCAGUUCCCAUAUCUGUGGAGAACACUGGCUCUUUUGUGAUACCGUCUUCUUUUUGCAAUCUGACCUUGCUAUAUGAGUUUGAUGCCCGUGCUUGGAGAUUAUCUGGGAAAAUUCCUGAUGAAUUCGAGAAGCUAUCACUAAUAGAGACUUUAAAUUUGGGCCAAAACAAUUUCCACAGCCUUCCUUCCAGUUUGAAAGGUCUUUCCUUUCUCAAGAAACUCUUACUUCCAAAUUGCAUGGAGCUGACUUCUCUCCCCUCACUUCCUUCAAGCUUGAUCGAGCUAAACGCUGAUAAUUGUUAUGCAUUAGAAACUAUACACGACAUGUCAAAUUUAGAGAGUUUGGAGGAGUUGAAGCUCACAAACUGUGAGAAAGUGGCGGAUAUUCCAGGACUUGAAUGCUUGAAGUCCUUGAGAAGAUUGUUCCUUAGUGGUUGCAGUGCAUGCUCCUCCAAAGUACGCAAAAGACUUUCAAAGGUUGCACUGAGAAAUCUUCAGAACUUGAGCAUGCCAGGAACCAAGUUACCGGAAUGGUUUUCUGGAGAAACUGUCAGCUUUUCCAAGCACAAAAAUCUUGAGCUAACAAGUGUAGUUGUAGGUGUUAAUUUCUCAAUUAACCAUAACAAUAUGAAUAUUGAAACACCUGGAGUGGUUGAUGUUCAAGCAAAUGUUUUCAAAUCGGGCAAACAAAUAUUUAGUUCAGGGCUAAACAUAUGGGGAGUGCCAAGGACAGAUGAACCACACAUACAGUUGCAAAGGUUCCAUGAUUACCAUCCAUUGGUAGCCUUCUUAAAAGACGCUGAUACGGUUAGUGUGACAAAGAGGAGUCCUCCUUUUGAUGAGAGGUUUGAAUUGAUAAAAAGUGGAAUUCAUCUAAUCUAUGAAGGGGAUGAUGAUUAUGAGGGAGACGAAGAAUCGCUGGACCAAGAAUUACAAUCUAUCUCAGAAAGGUUGGCCAGAUUUUUUAACACUUGUGAAGAAGGUGUUGAUGACACUGAGAGUGAAGAUGAGUGUCACGAGGAAUUGGAGCAGGAAAAAGAAAAGCCUCGAACCAGAUUACUUGGUGUUAAAGGAAAAUCCAUUAUGUUCUUCUUGUUUAAUCUAUUCAUUGUGCUGUUGGGUUGGUUUUGGUUGAGGGGUAUGUCCGGUGUUGAAAGAAGAGAUUGA